AUGCCCAGGUCCUUCCUGGUGAAGAGCAAGAAGGCGCACAGCUACCACCAGCCCCGCGCUCCCGACGGGGAGGGCGGCCUCAGCCCGGACAGCCUCCUGGCCCAGAUCUGCGCAGACACGAAGGUUUCGGGGCAGAUGAAUCCGGAGCCGCCGGAGCCCGCCCGCGGCCGCUUCUCCCCGGAUGCGCAGCUGCCCGAAGCGACGGACGGCACUUCGGACUCGCCCCCCAGCUGCGAGGGCAGCUUGUGCGACAGGGCCGCCGAGCUGGAGGACUUCUGGAGGCCGCCGUCGCCCUCAGCUUCGCCAGCUUCUGAACGUUCCAUUUGCCCCUCUUUGGAUGAGGCAACUCCUUUUCCCCUGCCCAUGAAACCCUAUGCAUGCAGUAGCCUGGGAGGUUCAGAUCUGAGACAUUUGGUACAGAACUACAGGCCCUGCCCAACUCUGGUUCGUAACUCAUCCCUUGGUCUCUUCUGUGAGCGGGGAUCUGAACCCACACUCUAUGGAACAGAGCGCACCUCAGCUCUGGCACUCUACAGUGACUUUAGCUCCCCUGGACUCUUUGACCGGCCAGCAGCUACCCCUGGAAUCUAUGUAGAAGCCCCACCGGGACUCCAACGGGAGAAAAACGCCAAUGGCAUCAAGCUGGAAUCAGAGCUCCUCUGUCGCCCUCUGUUGAUCAGCACUGGGUCCUACAAGUGUGUCAAAUGCAGUAAGGUCUUCUCCACUCCUCACGGCCUGGAGGUGCAUGUUCGUCGUUCACAUAGUGGCACCAGACCCUUUGCUUGCGAGAUGUGUGGCAAGACCUUUGGCCAUGCAGUUAGCUUGGAACAGCAUAAAGCUGUGCAUUCACAGGAGCGCAGCUUUGACUGUAAAAUCUGUGGUAAAAGCUUCAAGAGAUCUUCCACCUUGUCCACCCACCUACUAAUUCACUCAGAUACCCGGCCUUAUCCAUGCCAGUACUGUGGGAAGAGGUUUCACCAGAAAUCUGACAUGAAGAAGCAUACUUUUAUCCAUACCGGUGAGAAGCCCCACAAAUGCCAAGUGUGUGGCAAAGCUUUCAGCCAGAGUUCCAAUCUCAUCACCCAUAGUCGUAAACACACCGGUUUCAAGCCCUUUGGCUGUGAUCUGUGUGGGAAAGGUUUCCAGAGAAAAGUGGAUUUGCGGAGACAUCGUGAGACACAGCAUGGACUGAAAUGAGAGCCAUGGGGGAUCUCAAAACAGAAAGAACACUACGUGAGCAGACUUCCUCUCUUUCCUGGUGGGCUACCCUGCCCCCCUGGUAGUUUGGCCCUUCAGCCACUUCCUGCCAUAAUCUCACUAAGCAGGAAGUGAAAACUGGCUGGCCGGCAUCUUGCAGAACUUAGAGAACUUAACUGAAAAACCUUGGAAGGAAAGCAGAAUGCCAAGUGUAGAGAAAGGUGGGGCAAGGACUCUAUUUCUCUGUGUUUCUUCCUUUACAAUUAAACACUGGAAACAAUAACCUUCCCUGCCACCUUUAAACCCCAGAAUCCCUAUAUGGAUAAGCUACCUGGUGCCUUUCUGCGAACCAGAAAGUCCUUUUGUUUCAUGAAUUUCCUAGUUAGACGUGUUGUUGUUUUAUGUUAAUUUUGUGGGAAACCUGAACUACAUGAGAUAAUAGUAAACACUGAACAGCAAUUUGACCAACAGCAGAACAAGGGGGCCUUGCUUUUGUAUAACAUAAUAAUAGAGGUUCUAGUUCACCAUUUCCUUUGAGAAUGCAAAUCCUUCCCACAUUUCAGUGGCAAAUGCUUCACUUUUCAGAGGGCAUGGAGCCAGAGGAGAUAGUAGGUUCAGUUUUUAUCUUUCCCUUUUACUUUUACAGUGCUCAGAACAUCAGGCAAGAAUCAGACAUGCAUCAGUGGUAGAAAAGGCCAAAUGUAUGUUUCAGACUUGCAUUCAAUCAUUCCUGUAUAACAAGAGGUUUGUCUAUGGCACAUUUCUGACUAGGCAGGGAAAGGCAACAUCAGAAGCAACAGUCUGAAUGUAUUUACACAGGUUUAAAUAUUUGCUGAAGCCUCAUCCGAAGAGGGCUUUUGAGCCUUUCCUAGUUCUGUGGCAUGGAGACAUCCGCUGUGGGAAGAAUAGGAGAAGUUAAUAAGCUCCAGAAGUGUGUGUCUAUGCUUCACCAUCACUGCAGUCUCUGCUGUAACACUCAUAAGCUCAUUGGCAUUGAAUGUUUGUGACAAAGAAUUGUGGAUAUUUUGAACCUCUUGUCAAGCAACUACUAAGGCAGAGCAGUGACUAGUAGAAUUGUCAGAGAAAUCCUAAGUAGAGUUGUUCGUCUAGGUCCAUUGCAGUCUACAGACCUUGUAGGCUGUCAUUCCACAUAGGAUUGCAUUGCUAGAUGUUUCUUAGGCUUUGGUGGUUGGAAUGGAGAACUGUAGUGUUCCCUUCCAAAUUCUGAACAUCAGCAGCUUUUAUCAGGCAAUUUACCAGGCGUGCCCUGAGCAAAUGGCUGCGGAGCUCCAGGUUUGGGACUGUUAUGGAAAGAGCUCCUUGGCUAUGUCAGCAAUGCAUUAUAUGGACCAACCUAAGCUAAUAACAAUUACUACCUAGUCUAAUGACUGAAUAAUAUAGCAACCAGCAAUUAAUGGCUGGGUAUGAUUCCAGCAGUACCCUAAGUCAUCCAUGGACUGUUUUUACAAACACAGUGUCCAAAACUGUUCACAUCUCCUCUGAAGUUUAUUUACAGUCGCACACUUUAUGGUAAAUGUUUAAUAGCUCCCUUUAAGUCAGGAAUUUUCUUCAAGAAAAAGUCACUGUUCCUUCUAUGGUGUCUUCCAAGAGUUUUUGUCGGUUUUGUAAAGUACUGGUUGUUAUGUGUGUAUAUGGCCUUUAUGUGCAACUAUUUUAUAGAGAACAAUCUAUGGAGAACUCAAAAGGAAGAGCCAGACAUGAAACAAGUGAUACCUGAUUGAUUAGAAAUGAAUGUGGUUUGCCACUGAGUGGAAAAAGGCAAACUUAAAGACAACUACUGAUUUUCGUUCCAAGAUGUCAAUAAUAUUCUAUGUGGGUUGGAGCCCACAGAUCAGUUCUGGUAGAGGAGAUGCAUCAAGAAAAGGUUCCUCCUAUCAGAGGAAAGUGAUUCUGCUAGUGGAAUGCAUCUUUGGUGAAAAGUAGCUGAACUCCUAAUACACUGGUGUGAAUAUCUGGGUUAUUUGCUCUGAAAUGGUCUUGUGCUUGGAUGGACCCAGGAACUACGAUGAGUGUGUAAUAGUAUGAAUUUGCCUUAAUUAAUCCUGUGCAUACCUCAAUGGCAGAGAAAAAUAAUAUGUUUUUAUUUUAUCAGUAGGAGUUUAAAGGCCUUCAUUUAGAUUUUACAGUGUGUCUUAUGUCCAUUGUUACAUAUUUAUUGAAAUAACAUUUUAAAUUAAUAAAGUACUGAGGAUAA